UUCUAUUUUUAAUAAUACUAAAUUAGUGAAACACAAUUCUUUGAUGUUAAAUAUUUCCAUUUCAAAUUAAUACUACACAUCAUUACUAGAGUAUAUAAUAACACUUGUGUGUACUCUUUUCCUACUUUAUAUUUAUAUUUCUGGCAUAUUCACAUUUUCUCUGUCAUGCGAUUGGCAUUGCUUGGAACUUCAUGUCUGGUAGGUUGAUAACAAUGUAAGAAUGUGCCUGGAGGUAGUAAACGGAGAUUUACAAGCAAGAGACAAAAUCUUCAGAGGAGUGCUUAUCACAGUUGUAAAAAAUAAAGAGAAAAGUGAUUUGUCUUUCUGAUUCUUCCACCUUUAUGUCCAUAUAAUGUUUUCCUUUUUAACCUUUUAAAAUCUUGAGUUGUUUAAAAACAAGCAAAUAUGUUACAUUGGAAUGUGCCAUUAUUUGAAUGAAAUAAAGGAUAUGAAAAAUUUGUAUAGUAUUCCUAUUACCUGUUUUAAUAUAUGCAUUUGAGGCAGUAAAUGUUUCUCUGAGCAGUUGUAUCCCAUACUUAAUUCAUUAUAUAUCUUUAUUAUCAUUCCAUUCAUGGUGUUUUCUAAUUAUUUGCUGUGAUAUUUCCUUAUCCUGUGGGUCAUUUUGAAGUAUAUUGCUUAAUUUUCAAACAUUUUGGGUUUUUUUUUUUUUUUUUUUUUACUGAUUCCACCUCUAUCAUCAGAGAUAUAAUCUGUACAAUUUUAACCCUUUGAAGUUAGAGACUUGCUGUAUGGCUUAGCAGAUGGUCAGUUUUAGUAAAUGUUGUUUUCUGUGUGUACUUGAAAAAAAGUUAAUUAUGUAAUUAGUUGGAUAUGAUGUUCUAUAUAUGUCAGGUCAGAUUUGUUAAUUGUGUUCAAUCCUUUAUGGAAUUACUGAUUUUUUUGUUUAUUUCUUUCCUUGCCCUAUCAAUUACUGAGAAUGUGAAGAAUGAAAAUCUGGAAAAUUUGGAGGAAAAAGGAUAUUCUGGAAUUGUCAGUGUAAGGAUUUUAGUUCAUGAGUGGCCUAUGACAUCUGGUUCCAGUUUGCAACUAAUUGUCGUUCAAGAAGAGGUAGUAGAGAUUGAUGGAAAACAAGCUCAACAGAAGGACGUUACUGAAAUAGAUAUUUUAGUUAAGAAUCAGGGAAUACUCAGACGUUCAAACUACACCCUGCCUUUGGAAGAAAGCAUGCUAUACUCGAUUUCCCGAGACAGUGACAUUUUAUUUACCCUUCCCAACCUCUCCAAAAAAGGAGAAAGUGUUAGUUCAUUGCAGACCACCAGCCAGUAUCUUAUCAGGAAUGUGGAAACCACUGUAAAUGAAGAUGCUUUACCUGGCAAAUUACCUGAAACUCCUCUCAGAGCAGAGCCUCCGUCUUCGUAUAAGGUGAUGUGUCAGUGGAUGGAAAAGUUCAGAAAAGAUCUGUGCAGGUUCUGGUGUAGUGUUUUCCCAGUAUUCUUUAUGUUUUUGAAUGUCAUGGUGGUUGGAAUUAUAGGAGCAGUUAUAGUAAUAACCAUCUUAAAGGUGCUUUUCCCAGUUUGUGAAUACAAAGGAAUUCUUCAGUUGGAUAAAGUAAAUGUUAUGCCUGUGACAGCUGUCAACUUAUAUCCAGAUGGUACUGAGAAAACAGCAGAAAACCCUGAAGAUAAAACAUGUGUUUAAUACACCAUCUCAAAUCAUGGACUCAGAAUUAGUCUAUUGGUUCAAAUUUGCCACUCGAAUAUAAUUUUCUUUAAAUCGUUAGGAAUCAGUUUGUACAGUAAAGAAAUUGCUAAACUCCUAAAACUGCCUAAAACUUGACCUUUAAAGUGAUAGUUAAAGUUCACCUUAUUAAUGGGGCUGGCUGUUCAGAUGGUGAGUUAUUAAAGAAAAUUUAAAUGAAAUGGAAGAGAAGAUGUGAAGAAACUUUGAAACUACCAAAAAAAAAAAAGGCAAGACAAAA